GAAGCUCGAGCAAAAGCGCAUGGGCUGACAUGUUUGGACCCAUUGUGGUGGGCUCACCGAAAGGCAAUGGCCGCCGGCGGCGGCGGAGUCGCGGAAGGGCGGAAGCCGGCGGCGGAGCGGAGCCAUCGAGGCCUGCAGGGAGGGAUCCCGUCCGGUUCGGCUGCGCCCCCAACACCCCUCCGCUGAGUCUAGGGCCUCCCGCCGCGCCGCCUCGUCCGGCGCCAAAACCCUAAGCGGGUAUAUUCCCCCAACAGUUUAGUGCCCGUCAGAGUUGAAUCAUAAGGACAGGACUGCAGUGAUGGAGGGCUAUUUGGCCAGACGGCGCAAGGAUAAGCAAGAAGACAGAGCAGAGAGGAGGGCGCUGGUUGACCGCAUCAUGACGGUGGCUAGAGAGUGUGGUGUAACCGAAGAGAAACCCCAGCUAUGGGUUGGUGUGCUGAAGAUACUCAAGGAUGAAGAUGCCAUAUCCUUCUUUCUUGCUUCCAACCCUGCAGGAAGUAAGGCCCUUAUUGAGCACUAUGCCGGGGAGAAUGUUCAAGCUCCAUCCAUGGCCGAGGACAGUGACGAGGACAGUGAUGAUUCUGAAGACGAGUUCGAGGAGUUUUUAGUAACCAAUUACCUUGAUGAUACUGAAGAAGUUGGUUUCAUGUAUGGUAUGUUUCAGAUUGCUAUGCAUCUUGACAAAUACUACAAUAGGUCUGAGUGUAGGCAAGUUGGCAUUGGUUUGGGUGGUUUGGAAUGGGUAGAGAGGAAGCUGGCAAGUAGGAAGGGAUGCUACAACAUGUUUAGAAUGACCCCAACUGUGUUCUAUCGGCUUCAUGAUCUUUUGGUAGAAAAGUAUGGACUGAAAUCUAGUGCCAAGUCUAGCUCAAUUGAGGCUUUAGGAAUGUUCCUUUGGAUGGUUGGAGCUCAACGAUCAGUAAGGCAAGCUGAGGACAGAUUUGAUAGAUCACCAGGCAUAGUUCAGAACAUGUUUUACAAAGUGUUGAAGUGUGUGCUCAAGCUUGCUGCUGACAUCAUUAAACCUAAAGACCCACAGUUCAGAACCAUGCAUUCUAGAUUGAUGGACCGUAGGUUCUAUCCCUUUUUCAAGGACUGUAUUGGGGCAAUAGGUGGCACUCACAUCCCUGUUGUGGUGUCCAAAGAGCUGUUUGUCCAGCACUUGUGUCACAAGAGCAUCACUACCCAAAAUGUGAUGGCAUGUUGUGACUUUGACAUGAUGUUUACAUUUGCAAUUGCUGGAUGGCCUGGUUCAGUACAUGACAUGAGGGUGUUUGAUGAUGCAAUGACUAAGUACAGCAAUGUCUUUCCUCAUCCCCCUUCAGGGAAGUACUAUCUGGUGAACUCGGGGUACCCAAACCGUCUUGGUUACCUUGCGCCCUACAAGGGGACCAAGUACCAUCUUCAAGAGUUUCAAAAUGCCGCAGAACUACAAGAUAAAGAGGAGGUGUUCAACUAUGCACAUCCAUCCCUUAGAAAUGUCAUAGAAAGAGCCUUUGGAGUGUUGAAGCAGAAGUGGCGGAUAUUGAACAACAUCCCUAGUACUUAUCCGCCUGAAACACAAACACACAUUAUUGUUGCUUGCAUGGCUCUUCAUAAUUUCAUCAGGAUGAGUGAGUUACGUGAUAGAGACAUUGGCCGUUGUGACCGUGAUGAGAACUAUGUGCCUCCUGAAGCCUCUGAAGACCAGCCUCUGUGCGAGCCAGCACCUAGUAGUUUAGAAUGUGAACAGAUGAAUGCAUUUCGUGAUACAAUUGCGCUCGAUAUGUUGCUCCGGGUUUGAGAAAUGUUUCUGUUUCGGGACAUGUAUUUGUUGUUGUAAUUUUUUAGGACAUGUAUUGUUUGAUAACAGUUUUAAUGACCAUGUGCAUUUGAGUAAA